AUGGCUGAUGGAGCGGACCAGGGAGGAGAUCCAGUGGCCUUGACAAUGAGGACAAACGACGCUCCUCCAAUAUCUUCGAUGAUGGAGUUCCUGGAAAGGUGUGAUGAUUCACAGCUGCUGGAUUUGACAAAUCAUUACCGCCAGAGGCUGGAAGAGGCGAUUCAAGAGGCGGUGAAGAAUGUUGUCUUCGUUCUAGCAUACGAGAGAUAUUUCAGUGAGCAAGAGUACAAGCAAGUCAUCAAACGCACAGAGAGAGGAAGCCGUGCGGCCGGUUCCACACUUCUCCUCAACCUGGUGACUGAGAAAGAGCCGCGGGUCCUUAAACUGAUAUGGAAAUGCUUCGUAAAAAUGCACCACCUGCUCCCCGAACUGGAGGAGUUGCUGAAAGCAAUGUGGGAAGAAGGUACAGGACAUUUUUCUAUAGAGAAUUACACCUUCCCGCACCUCACCAUCCAAGAGUUUGUAGCCGCACUCGCACAAUUCCUGACUGUAGAUCGCGGGGAUAUCACGACACUCCUCAUUGAAGCCCAUGGCAUGGCAGACGGGCGAUUUGAAGUGUUUCUCCGUUUUGUCGCUGGUCUCUCCUCCCCACGGACAGCUUGGAUCCUGGAGGAGUUUCUGGGUAAAUUUUCUCAUCAAACAACCGGCCGAGUGAAUGACUGGGUGAAGAAGGAGGUUAAACGCCGGGCUAGAAACACAGAGAGUGUCGCUGGUAAACAGAGGCUCCUGAACACGCUGCACUACCUGUUUGAGUCUCAGAAUCCUGCAGUGGCUCAGCAGGCACUGGGAUCUGUGGAAACACUUUCAUUCCGUGGACUGGGACUGACCCCGAUUGACUGUACGGUCCUGUCUCAUGCCAUCAGGCCCUGUGACACAAUCAACCACCUCGAUCUGGAUAGCUGCCACAUUCAGUGUGAAGGUCUCCAGCGGCUGGGACCGGCUCUGCACAAGUGUCAGCAAUUGAGACUGGGACUCAACGACCUGGGAGAUUCCGGAGUGAAACUGGUGUCUGAAGCUCUGAGGAACCCGGACUGUAAAAUACAGACACUGUGGCUGAACAAUGUCGGUCUCACAGAUUCUGGAGCCGUGGAUCUCGCCUCCGCUCUCAGUACAAACCACACGGUGACGAAGCUGUACCUGAGUGGGAAUAAACUGGGAGAUUCUGGAGUGAAACUGGUGUCUGAAGCUCUGAGGAACCUGGACUGUAAAAUACAGAGACUGGGGCUGAACAGUGUCGGUCUCACAGAUUCUGGAGCCGAGGAUCUCGCCUCCGCUCUCAGUACAAACCCCUCACUGACGAAGCUGUACCUGACACACAACUCCCUCACAGACCGAUGUGUCCCCGCUCUCCGCCGCCUCAUACUGAACCUCCCGAGACUAGAGCGGAUCCGGCUGGUGGGGAAUAAGUUCAGUCCGACCGGGAAGAAGGAACUGAGGUCGCUGCAGGAACCCAGACCCGGACUGAGUAUGGAUCUGUGAACAUCUCUGGGUGUAAACGUCACUGCCCUGGGGACCGGAAUA